AUGACCUAUCCCAGUCUGGCCUCUGGCGUUUUUGGGCAGGUUUGCAAAGGGCUCAGCGCCAAGCCGAGCUUUGCUCUCUUUGCUCUCUGCGCUGCCGUGAGCUGCUUGGCCCUGGCUCCGGUCAUUGCAACUAGUUGUGGGGACGAUACAGACUGCACCAAUGGGGCUACUUGCUGCAACGCUUCGUCAGGAGGGACUGGAGACCCCCAUUUCUUUCUUACUGUCCCCCAGACUGGCCAGCAGAUGACCUGGGAUUUCCAUGGUAUGGGCAACCAGAGCUACUGCAUGAUCUCAGACCACUCAAUCUGCUUGAACGCACACAUGUUCAACCUGCCUCCAGAUAUCAACAUCCUUCAUCGAGCAGCUAGCGCAGUGGACUCCUUUUUCGAGGGGACAUGGAUGGAUGCGAUUGGGAUCGUUUAUUCCACGCCAGAGAAUAAUGAUCAACAAGCGCUGGAGAUCGUACACAACCAAACCAGGGCGCGGGCUGCUUCUGACUCGGAAGAACCACUUGCUAUCCACUUCCUCGAGAAGGACACCGGGAUCUUGGUUCCGGACGGCGCGUCAACGUGGACCAGUCCCGAUGAGACGCUGACCAUUACUUACAAAUCCGAGAACCGAACCUUCGUGACGAUCUCCAUUCCGAAUCAGCUAAAGAUGGAUAUCUGGGUGGAGGUUGACAAGGAAAUCAUCUCCGAUCCUCCAAUCUACGGCCUCAGCUUUGACAUCCAAUCCAUUUCGAUCACGCCAGAAGUCCAUGGGUUCGUCGGCCAGAUGUAUGCGCCCGGGGCCAUUGAGGAGCGUCUGCGGAUGGGCACUCUCGAAGGCUUGCUGCACCGCGAGUACGUCGAAGGAAUGGAUGACGAUUACGCGACGUCCAAUCUGACGGCUACCGACUGCUUCUUCAGUCGCUUCAAAACGGCGGAAGCUGACGUCACGACGCGCACGUCAAUCGACGUCACCUCCACGCCUCCAAGGCUGUCCCUCACCGGCCGGCGGCUCCUCGUGGCCACGCCGCCGCAGUGCCAGUGUCAGUGCGGGGGCGGCCCCUGCACGGGCGGCCAGUUGUGCUGCAACAACGCCUGCGCUGACGUCAUGAGUGACUACCUUAACUGCGGCUCGUGCGGCCAAACCUGCUUUGGCGGGUCGUGCUGCGGGGGCGAGAGCAAAGACCUGACGAGCAACACCGACGCCUGCGGCUCGUGCUCGAACAAGUGCGCUUCGGGCGAGCUGUGCUGCGGUGCCCAGUGCGCCAAUUUGACAACCAGCACCAGCAACUGCGGCGGGUGCGGCCGCGCAUGCGGUUCCAGCGAGUCGUGCUGCGGCGGCAGCUGCUGCGCCGCGGGCAAUUCGUGCUGCGGGGAGACGUGCACCAACCUGAAGAGCGACACCCGCAACUGCGGCAUAUGCAACAAAGCGUGCGCUUCGGGCGAGACGUGCUGCGGGGGCGUGUGCGCCGACAAAGGGAGCGACACCGACAACUGCGGCGCGUGCGGCCAUAAGUGCGGUCCGAACGAGUCGUGCUGCUCGGGCACGUGCGCCAACUUGGCGACCAGCACCAUUUACUGCGGCUCGUGCAACCAUGCGCCAUGCGGUCCGGGCGAGGAGUGCUGCGCGGGUGUGUGCGCCAAUACUGAUAGCAACAGCAAUAACUGCGGGGACUGUGGCCAUAGCUGCCCUUUCACGAACCCUUACUGUAUUAAUGGGGCGUGCUAUUCUUCGAAUGAUGGGGGCGGUGGGGGCGGCAAUGUGCCUGGAAAGCGGCUUCGGCGCCGCGUCUAG